UUGUCAGUCCACGCAGUAAACGAAUUGGAUGUGAGGUUGGAAUUAAGUAUUGCCCGUAACAGGGACAGAAAAGAUCUCCCUCCUCCUAAUCCUCCUGAUCAUGACGAUCCAGACUCAUAUUCAGUAGAAGAGAUCGAUCCUCACGUCGAAAUCACAGAGAGCCCUCAUUCUUACUUACUGGUGGCUCAACUCCCAGGAUUUUCCAAGCAAAAUGUAAGAGUGGAUAUUAAUAAUUCGGGUACUCUGAUAUUAAGUGGAGAAAGAAUAGUAGAAGAGAUGGUGAUGGCGAGGUGGACGUGGCACAGAAAAGAAUACAGGCGUAUCGGAUUUAGAAAAUCUUUUGGAAUACCCGAUGAUGUCAAUUUGGACGCCAUCACUGGGAGGUUUGAAAGGCCAGCGUUGUAUAUUCUUAUGCCUAAGUUGAGGCCUGGUGAGGCCAGGCAGAUAAUUGUUACAGAGGUCUCUGCUCCUCCACCUCCCCAAGCACCACCUCAGCCGAUGCAACAACAAGAACGAGAAUUGCAAGUGAUUGAAAUACCAACCGACGAGUGUCCCAGCUCCCCACCUCAAUCUCCAGAACAAUUUCCCAUUAUGGUGAAUGAGGAACCACCAUCUCUACCGCCUCCCCUACCUCCACCUGCACCUCCUCCUCCACAAUUAACAUCAACACCUCCACCUCCUCCUCCUCCUCUUCCUUCUCCUCGUCCCCCUCCACCACCCCCUCCACCUCGCCUCCUCCUCCCUCAUCCUCCUACUCAACUUCCAACUCCUCCUCCACCACCACUGCCUCCUCCUCCUCCACCACCACCACCCCCUCCUCCACCUCCACCUCCACCUCCACCACCACCUCCUCCUCCUUGGAAAAGAGAAUUAUUGGAAAUGAUACCAAAAGCAGGUGCCGGCUUGGGUGCCGCUUAUGCAGUAGUCAAAACUGUUAACGGAUUCAGGGAGGAUAAGAGCUGGAUAAAAUAGCCGGGCUCAAUGCACCUACACAUUUAAAAUAAAAUAUCAUCUUCUCACGUCUAAGUGGCAUUCUGUGAUGAGUCUAUAGUUGUCUGUAUUUUUUGUGGAUAUAGAUGGCAUCGCUAACUAGAUAGAGGCUUUAUAGUUUAGUCGGUUUAGUAAUAGUCGUAUUUCCAAGCUCCCUAGGCAAUUACAACCACUCUUCAAAGUAUAACACCCAUGAUCAUUGUGGGCUUAGAUUUUGAUUGAAUUUAUAUCGAUAUUGGUUUCAACAUAUCAUGGGACUCGUCGGUUUUCUUAUGAUUUUACUUAUGUUGAAAAACUUAGAAUGUAUUUGAUAAUAUAUUAACUAACAAAUAUAAAGAAAUUUCAUAUGGGAAUAUGCUAUAAAGUUGAACCAAUAAAAGGUUAGAUUUUGGUAUCACAUUUUCUUUCAAUUAACAAGAUAGGAUUCACAAACAGCAUAAAACUCUUGGAUGGAAACUUGAUAUGUUCGUUUAGAUAUCAACAUGGCCACAGUAGGGCAAAUUUAAAAGAACCUGAUCUAGUAAAAGAAGUUUAAAACCAUACGGUUCACCCACUUGCCGUACAUAACCCAGUCCAAGCAAUUGGAUAUAAUAUAUAUUUUAUUUCCUUCAUGUGGAUUGCAGAAAACAUAAAAUAGCUAUAUCCAUCUUACUUGCGUGCUUUAGGUGUUUCUUUUAUUUACUUGUACGCGUGAUUGCUAUAGGGAGCCACUGAAAUUCCACAACUAAUGAACAUACCUCUGGUCGAUCUAAAGAACUUCUGGCAGACAUUCCUCCACUCCAUGUGCCUGGUAUUCCAGAGAUGAUAGAACCAUCCAGUGAGCCCAAAGUUCAAUUUUAAUACCAAGUAGAGCAACCAAAAGAUACAACUAAAGAACCAGUAAAGAAAGUUCCGACUAUCAUUGAAGAGUCAAAACCUUUUGCUGAAGCUGAAAAGAUUGAUGUUCCUAGGGAUGUCCAGAGCUUGUCAGAGAAGAGAGAAGGCCAGGAAGGUAAGCCUAUUAAGUUGGCAUAUGAAAAACCUAAGGAAGAAGCCUUGCCUAAAACUAUAUCAGGAAACUAUAUUUGGAGUGCACAAGCCUAUCAUUCCACAAUAAUUUCCAUCAAACUUCUAUCAAGUUCCAGUGAGAGAAAGUGCCAGACCUAUUACCUGUGAUCUUCCAAAGGAAGUGCAACAAACCCCUGUUGACGCUGAAGAUAAGCCAGUUAAACCAAAGUGGAAAGAGAGGGAAGACGAAGAAGAAAAUGAAGAGGUGAUGCUACAGCCAAAUAUGUACAAGAGGAGAAGCAUUACAAGCCACCUUCUUCUGCUUCCAAGCAUGUAAGUGUUGCUUCAAAUUCAAAUCCACUAAAGCGGUUGUUGGUCUUAAGAGAACUUGCUUUCUUAGCUUGCACCGUUACGUUCACUUCUCAUUA